ACAAAGAUUUUUUUAUAAUACUUCUAAAUCUUUAACACAAGAUUCUUCAAAAAAUUCUACAAUUCAGUUAGACCCUUCUACUGUGUAUUCUUCAAAUGAACCGAUGGAAUACGAUAAACCAAUGGAGUAUUAUAAAGAAUCUAAUGAAUAUUCUUUUGAAAAUAAUAUUAGUUACUAUAAUGAAUCUGCUAUAUAUUCUUCGGAAGAAUUAAACGAAGAUAAAGAUUCUUGUGAAUUUAUUUCUGAAACUUCUAGCAUUAAUUCUUACAAUAAAUUAAGUAAUGAUAGUUUAUCUGAAAAUGAAUUUUUUGAUGAUAUUGCUGAUAAAGCUUUAGAUUCAGAUAAAUUGUUACAAAAUAUUGAUGAUUUUUUACCAUAUUUUGAAAAUACAACUACUGCAUUAAUAUUUUGUUGGAUACAAAAGAAUAGUAUUGCUACUAAUGCAUAUAAUGAACUUGUAGAAAUACUUCAUUAUCCCAAUUCAAUAUUGAUUAUGUGGUUAAAAAUAUUCGGUCCUUUAGACGAUGGAGACAAAGACUUCCUCUUAUGCCAAUAUACUCAAGACCUAUUACAUAUGUACUUUGGACCUGGUCAAGAAGUUACUUGUAAAUCGGAAUACUGGUAUGGUAAUUUAUAG